AUGCCUCCGCAGGCGACCUUUGUGACGAAGCUGAAGGUGCAGCUCAAACUGGCCAUCGCGAGGCUGCGCAUGGUGCAGCAGCGUGACGAGCAGUUGGGCAAGACGCACCGGAGGGCCAUGGCGCAGCUCCUCGAGACGGGCAAGGUGGACUCGGCCACGAUCCGCGUCGAGAACAUCAUCCGCUCCGACAUUGCCAGCGAGCUGCACGAGAUGCUUGAGCUCUACUGCGAACUGCUGCUGGCGCGCGCCGGGCUGCUCGAGGGCCCCGUGUGCGACCCGGGGCUCGAGGAGGCCAUCAAGAGCAUCCUCUACGCGGCGCCAAAGACGGAGAUUAAGGAGCUCGGCACCGUGCGCGUGCUGCUGGGCGACAAGUACGGCAAGGAGUUUGUCAUGCAGGCCAUGGACAAUUCCGACGGCAAGGUCAAUGAGAAGGUGGUGCAGAAGCUGAGCGUCGAACCGCCGAGAAAGGAGCUCGUCCAGGGGUACCUCGAGGAGAUUGCAAAGGCGUACGGCGUCAACUGGCCGAAGCGCGACAAGGCAAGCCCGCCGCCCCCUAUGAUAGACUCAGACGACGACGACGACGACGACGAUAAGCCGUCGGGGGCUCAGGCGCAGAAGGUGCCGGCGGAGCAGCAGCCCACCGCGGCGGCGGAACGGAAGCUCUCUAAGGGGGAGGAGGAGCUGAGCCGCGCGACGCCGCCGAGGGGGCUUGGAGGGCCGCGGAGUCCGCUGACGGUGACGCCGCCGCGGAUGACGACGGACAAUGUGCAUCCGCGGGUCAAGCUGGGCUCGAUGGAGCUCAAGCCCAACAAGAAGAUGGAGGAGGCGACGGGCAAGCGGGAGCCUGAGGGGGCGGUGCCGGACAUAAGCGAUCUGGAGAGGAGGUUUGCGGCUCUCAAGAAGAGGUGA